AAAAUCAAAUUCUUUGGUCAGUUUUAGUCGUCAAUUUGACGAGUUGAGAGGAAAAAUAUUUAAAAAUGUUUGUUAAUAAAUUUGCAAUUUUGGUGAUUUUAGUGAAGUUUUCGGAAUCUCAAUUUUAUUUUGGAACAACGCCAAGUCCUAGUUAUAAUCCAUAUCAAUAUACUGCGUACAAUCCAUACACAACUUAUAAUCCAUAUAAUCAAUAUCCGUACAAUAAUCAAUACAAUCCAUAUUAUAACUACUCAUUCCCAUCUGGAAUCGUCACAGGAAGUCAGUGCAUAUGUGUGACAUCUGGUUCCUGUAAUCGAGCAAAUGGAAGCUUCUUUGUCACAACUGAUGGAUCGGGUUUGAUUGAUAUUCGUCUUCUUAAUUCCGGAGGUUAUUAUUCAUCCUCAUCAACAUCUGUUUAUACAACACCUGCUUCAACAGGAAUAACAUUAAGUGUGUCAUCUCAGUCAUCAUGUCAGUCUGGUCUAGAUUUAUGCUGCGUAUCAUCAUCUUAUACAUGCGGAGUUCGAUUUCCUCCUGUUGUAGGUGCAGCAACUACUGUCACUGGUCAAGCUCCAUAUGGAAGUUUUCCUUGGUUUGCUUUGAUUCUUCAACAAAGUACAAGCACGUACGUUGCAUCUGGUGUGCUAAUCGAUCAAAGACAUGUCCUGACAGUUGCUCAUAAGAUUUCUACUUAUGCAUCAACACCAUACUCCCUUAAAGUGAGACUAGGCGAAUGGACGAUCGGGGGAUCAAAACCAAUAAAUUUCAUGGAAUUUAAUGUUAUUCGAGCAUUUACACAUUACGCAUUCAAUCCUAAUUCAUUAGUAAAUAGUAUGGCGAUUCUAAGAGUCAGCCCAGAUGUUCCAUUAGGUUUGACUCCCACCAUCGCAACGGCUUGUCUAUCUACAACUUUAAUCAGAUCCGCUCGAUGUUGGGUUGCUGGCUACGGGCAAGGAGCGUUUGGAAGUACAUCAACUCAAAGUAUUUUACAGCAAGUUGAGGUUCCAUUGGUUGACCAAACAACAUGUCAGAAUCAGCUGAGAACUACGAGACUUGGCACUGGAUUUAUAUUGGAUCCCACGAGCUUCUUAUGUGCCGGUGGGAUUAGUGGACGUGAUGCAUGCACAGGUGACGGAGGUUCGGGUCUAAUGUGUCACAACAAUGGUCAGUGGUAUGUUGUUGGACUUGUUGCUUGGGGUAUCGGAUGUGGUGCUCAAAGUAUACCCGGUGUCUAUAUGAAUGUGACAAAUUACAUCAGCUGGAUUCAGUCAACGACAGUUCAAGCUUAAGGGAUUUAUACUAAUUUAUUUUGCUCACAGGAAUUAUAAUUGAUUUUUUU